AUGUUCGUCUUCAUGGGGUUGCCUGUUGACGACGGGCACGCACAGCUCACAGAGGAUCAGAUAUGGGGCGAGCAUGGGGUGCUUCUAAACAGGAUACUGCUGCCAUCAUUCACUGGGGUGUCACUUGAGGGAAUAGUGAACCAGGUUGAGAGACUCUGCUCACUGCAGAAGACGUGCGAAGGGCUUCUGAAGACAUUCAGCAAGCAAGAGGCUACUGUAGAUGCCGAAGAAAGUCGUGUCAACCUCAAGUUUAGGAACAUGAAAGAUGCACUCAGGUGGGACGAGAAGUGUUUUAUGACAGACUCGAUUGACAAGGCAAUUGCACUUCUUGAGAAAGAAUGCACACGAAUCAGUGAGAGAUUCAACACAAUGGUUGAGGAGUUUAUUCAUGCUAAGACAGAGUGUGAGAAGCUGCAGAGACUUACAAGGGGAAGCCUAAGUGAGAUCAGCCUGAACAUCAUUGUUGAGAAUGACGAGCACUAUGAAUUUCUAAAGGUUCUAUAUGUUGUGGUGCCAAAGGCAAGAGUAAACGAAUUCAAAAGGAUGGUUAAUGAAUCGCCGUAUAUUUCUGAAGAUGCAGUUGCAAGCAUAAGUAGUGACGAAGAUUAUUGUCUUUUCAAAAUGUAUGUGUUGCAACACAAUGAGGAUGAAGUCCGGAGUGGAAUACACAUGGGAGGGUUUACAAUCAAGGAGUUAGAUCAGGAAGGAACAUCGUGCACACAGAUUACAAAGGAAAGACGAGCAGCAGAGGAAAAAUAUUCGUCAUCAGAGGAGUGCCUUAUAAGGUUUGUGCAUGUGAAUCUUGAUGAGGCCCUAAAGAUAUUGAUCCACACAAAGCUAUUGAAGCUGUUUGUAGAGUCAGUGUAUAGAUACGGAUUGCCUACGGAUUAUGCGUUUUUCGUGAUCAAUGGAGAAAAGACAAAGAUUAUGAAGCAACUAGUGCCUAUUGCAAGAGGCUGGCCAUCAGAAAGAAUCGCAUACGAUGAGGAUGGAGAAAUAAAUGAUGAAGAGGAUGUCUUCUUUGCACUAGAAGAGCUUGAUCUCAGCCAGAACGAUGAGUAA